AUCGUGUUCUUUCUUUUUACUCAGAACGCGAAAAGAGAGAGAAAGAGAGGAAGAGGGAGUGAAGGGCGCAUGGCGGCUCGUCGCCGACGCUGAUCUCUUGCCAUUGUUCGUCUUCUUAGCUGAUGGUUUUCUAGAUUGAUUUAGAAUCCCUUGCUGUUGUUCUCAAUCCUACAGUUUUUGUGGUGAUUUUGGGCUUUCCGGCGAUCCUAGGGUUGGGGUAUUUGGCUCUGGCUGUGGCUUUUGGUGGGUGGAUCUUGAAGCGGCGUUGGAUUUGAUCAAUUGGGUGUGGGAGAAGGUGAGAUUAGUGUUUUGGUUUGGAAAGGGUGUGUUUUUGGUUGGUUCCGAUCUGAAGUUUGGGAUUAGGGUUUGUAGGUUUGUUCGAGAUGGCGCGGAGUUCUCGGCACAAGUCUCAUAGGCAGCAUAGGGAUCGGUCGUCGAGGGAGGGGAGGGAUCGGUCGGAGUCGGAAGAGGAGGAGAGGGAUUCGAGGGUGGAGGAGGUGGUUGUGGCAUCGAAAACUAGGGUUUCGAGGGAUUCGGAGGCGGGGAAGAGGAAGUCGUCGGGUAGGGAUUUAACUGGGCCUGGUGAUGAUGAGUUUAUUGAAGAGCAUGGGAGGAAGCGGAAGGAGAGAGGGGAUGAUUCAGGGCGGUGGAAUGGUGGGGAUGAGGAUGAUGGGAUGGUUGAUAAGGUUUUACAGAAUGAGGAGAUUGGGGAUUUGGAACGGGAGAAGACUGCAAAAUCGACUGUUUUGCUUGUUGAUUCAGCAAGCAAGUCUAGCAGAAGGGUUGAAGGCUCGGUGGAGAGGAAUGAGGAUAGUAGUGGGAGAAGGCGGCCAGAGAAGGAUUUAAGCCGGAGGGAGAGUAGUAGCCAGCAUAGAGAGACAAAGGAGAAGGGAAAGGAGCGGAGGCCGGAUGAGGAUUUGAGCAGGAGAGGCAGUAGCAGCCAUUAUAAGGAUGCAAAAGAAAGGGAUAGUGAGAGGAGGUCAGCUGAUGAUUCUAGCCGCAGAGAGAGCAGCAGUCAUUACAAAAAGGAUGGGAAGGAGAGGGAUAAAGACCAGAGGUCUGAGGAGGAUAUGAGCUGGAGAGAAAGUAUCAAUCAAUAUAAAGAUUCAAAGGAUAGGGACAGAGAGCGGAGAUCAGAGAGAGAUAGUAAAAAGGCUCCAGAUACUGGGCAUGAGAAAUACGAUGACGUGGCUAAUAGGAAACAGAGUAAUACCAAAGAGAAGCAGAAGGAUAAUGAUGAUUCUGAAUGGCAGAUAAGAGAUGAUUUGCAGAACCCUGAGUUAGAAAAGGACCUUGAGAAACGUAGACGGAGGAGAGAUGGCUCUGGGGAUAAAGAAAAAUGGAUUGGUGAUGAUAGAGAUAAUGAUGAUAGGCGACUUUUUUCUAAAGAUGAACAACUUUCUUCGAGAGAUGAUCGGACGAAAAAUGGAAGCUAUAAAGAUGAAAGGCACCGAGAUAGGCAUCGGGGUGACUAUGAUAGAGACCAUAGACGCCAUGAUGACAAGUACCGAGAUGAACAUUCAUCAAGGAGUCAUCCUAGAGAUAGAUCUGAGAGCAAGCACCUUAGGGAGGAUAAGGUUUUAGAAGGUCAGUACAAGAAAAGUAAGCUUCAGAACAGCGAUCUUGAUGGAAGUUCGUAUAUUGAUGAAAGAGAGACUAAAUUCAAAGACAAAAGGGAAAGGAAAAGAGUUUCUGAUGAAACUGAGGAUUAUUCUGACCUCAAACCCAGAAAUGCAAAAGAACCACGUGUGGAUCGAGAGAGAGCUUCAUCAGGAAGCCGCAAAGUUGAUGCACAAAUAGAUGGCAAUCGGUUUGAUCAUGCACACUCAGAUAAAGUUGAUUCUCAUAUCAGCAAUAGUAGACGAAAGGGUUCUCCAAGCUCCAAUCCUUAUGGGGCGAAGGAUCGAAGCAGGCAUAUACAGCGGCAGCAGGAAAGAGGGUCACCUUCUGGUGAAAGACUUCACGUUGGUACAACGUCUACUGGAGACCAUGGUGGCUUUUCGGGUCAUCGUAGCAGAGAUUCUGAGCCUCAAUCAUCGGCGAAGCAUAAAUUGAAUGAUGAUAUCCAUUCUUCUGAACUACUGGAAUCUGCUCCUGCAUCACAGAAUGACCAGACUCCUAGAUCGGAUACUCAUGCCUCACCUGUUCACUCGAUCGAAAAAUCACCAUCUACAAGUGAUUAUAGAUCAUCAGAUAGGAAUGAUCUGAGAAGUAGCCGUGAAAUUCAAAAAGCAGGGCAGAGGAAUGCCGCUUCCAAGGAUGCCAAAGAUUUUUCUUCGGAAGAUAGAGGCUUUGAGUUGCCAUCAGAAAAGUUAAUAAUGGAGAAUUAUUCUCGUACAGAUACUUACAGUAGGGAGCUAGCUUCUGGUGGCCAAUCAUCCUUCCAGAGAACUGGUCAUCAGCCGAGUCAUCUCCCCCCACCACCGCCUGUAAGGCAUGGAGUCGACAGUCCUUCAGUAUUGGGUUCUUACGAAGAUGAUGUUAGAGUUCAGGGUGGGGAUCGAAAAUCCGGUCGUUACAGAAGGAGUGCUGAUCCUGGCAUGGCAAGGGCACAUGGAAAUUCUUGGAAGGCAACAUCCACUUGGCCUUCUCCUGCUGCAAAUGGUUUCAUCCCACUCCAACCACCUCCAACUGGAUUUCAUCCCAAUGUCCAGCAGUUUCCAAAUCAGCCACUGUUUAGUGUUAGACCAUCCAUAGACUUGCACCAUUCUGGGGUUCCUUAUAACAAUUAUGAUGCUACAGACAGGUUUCCUGGACAUGUUCGUCCAUUUGGUUGGCACAAUCCAGUGGGUGAUUCUUGUCCUCCACACAUGCAAGUAUGGGAUGGAAAUAAUGGCAUGUUUCCUGAUGAAACCCACGUGUAUGGAAGGUCAGAAUGGGAUCAGAAUAGGCAUAUGAUUGAAAACAGAGGAUGGGAAUGGAAAGGCUCAGCAUGGGAACAUGAAUGUGGAAUUUCCUGCGCACAGAAAGAAUCUGAAUAUCCAGCACAUUCUCUAGGUGAGGAAACUUGGGUUGGUCAAUCUGGCAAUUGGCUUCCUAAUGACCAAACUGAACUAGAACGUGGCCAAUCUGAAGCUAUUGGAGGUAAGCAACAGAAUGGUACAUAUCCAAUAAAGACUUCUGUGGAUGCAGCACUAAAAGCAUUACCUGAAAGGAAAGCUGAAACUUUUAAGUUGCUCAGUGUCCCUCAGUCUUCUAAAACAUCAAAUGAGGAUACCAUGCGGCUAUGCCGCAGUUAUAUCGCCAAGCUGGACAUUUCAGCCAAUCUUACUUGCUCAGAACUGUAUGAGCAAUGUACAUCUCUAUUAGAAAAGAGGGAUGAAAUUAGUGAGAUCAAAGUUUUUAAGCAUUUACAGCCUGAGGAUUAUAGAGCUGCAGCAAAGACCCAAAAUUAUAUGCUAAAUGCAUUCUUCCCCAAGGUUCCAGAAACUAUUUGCCAGAGAGCCAUGUCACUGUAUAAGAAACAGAUUGAUGGUGCGAAGCUAAAGAAGCCUGUCGUUCCACUUGUCUUUUCAGCAGACAGUAAAGAUUCUGCUGAAGCUUCUGAUGCAGAGAAAGUUCCUGUUACUGAGAACGUUGAUGAGGGUGUUUGUAAUCAGAUCCCUCCUGAUGCAGAGAAAAUUCCUGUUACUGAGAAAGUUGAGGGUGUUUGUAAUCAGAACCAUCCUGAUGCAGAGAAAAUUCCUGUUACUGAGAAAAUUGAGGGUGUUUAUAAUCAGAUCUCUCCAACAGAGAAAAGCCCUGAUGUGGGCGAAACAAAUUCAGUAUUUAAUACGACAUUUUCUUCAGACACAAUAGAGGCGAGUACUCUUUCUGCUUGCGAGAUGAAAGAUGACAACAGUGCAAGUGCUGGUACUGAAGGUGAUUUUAUUGUUGUGGAUGCUAAUGAAGCAUUGGGUGUGAUAGUUGAUGGUGUCGAUGCUAAUGAACCCUCCAGCAUCAUAGGUGAUGCUGCCAAUGCUGAUGAACCAUCCAGCGUCAUAGGUGAUGCUGCCAAUGCUGAUGAACCAUCCACCGUCAUAGGUGAUGCUGCCGAUGCUAAUGAACCAUCUGGCAUCACAGGCGAUGCAGCGGAUGCUAAUGAACCAUCUGCUGUCUUUGGUGCUGCCAUCGAUGUUGAUGAACCGUCUGGUGCAAUAGGUGGUACUGUCGUUGUUGAUGAACCGUCUGGUGCAAUAGGUGGUACUGUCGUUGUUGAUGAACCGUCUGGUGCAAUAGGUGGUACUGUUGUUGCUGAUGAACCAUCUGGUGCAAUAGCUGAUACUGUCAUUACCGGUGAACCUUCUGGUGCAAUAGGUGAUGCACUCAACGCUGAAGAACGAUCUCGCGCCAUAGGUGAUGCUGUCAACGCUGAAGAACCAUCUCGCGCCAUAGGUGAUGCUAUCAACGCUGAUGAGCUAUCCAACAUCACAGGUGAGGCUGUCAAUGCUAAUGAACCGGCUGACAUCUUACCUGAUGCUGUUUAUGUAAAUGAACCAUCUGGCACCAUAGGUGAUGCUGUUGAUGCUAAUGAACUGGCCGAUACCGUUCCUGGUGCUGUUGAACCAUCUGGUGUCAAACCUGAUAUUGAUGAACCACUUCAGAGGGAAGGUUCAGAGUCAUGUGAAGUUUUAAUGCAGGAGUGUAGGGAAAUUUCUAAUAGGAUACAUGAUCCUCCUGAAAGUACACAUUGAACAAUAUCUAUUUAAAUGUUUUUCUAAAUGCCGGUUCUUUUAACAAUUUGUUCUUUACUAGCUUUAUUUAAGCUCUUGAUUUAUGCUUU